GUUAAAAUUUUUCUGAACGUAAGAAGAACAACUCAUGUUUCUCCCCUACCAUCGUUUCUUUUGUUUGUUAUCCUGUACCCUCCCAAUUCUUCCCAAAUUUCAGAUUCGAAAAUCCGUUUUCUUAAGCUCACAUAAAAUUUGAUGCUCCCUUUUUUUUUUUUAUUCUAUUCUUUCUAUUAGCCUCGGAAUUUGUUGCUGCGACUCGUGAAGCUCUCAAAUCUUCCAUUUUUUGAGCUAGGGUUUUUUCUUUUUUGGGCAAAAAUUGCGUUUUGCAGGUCAAAGGUAAUUAUUUUCUUGCUGUUGUAUGUUUCGGUUGAAAUUGCGAUGCUCGAAGCUUUGGAUUAUAUUCAAUUCGAAUUUACUGGCAGGUGCAGAGUUCAAGUUAUGAAUUAUGAUUUUGUCCCUUUUUUUUAUACCCAAUAAAAUUUUGCAUCAUUCAUCUCAAAAAGAAAAAAUUUGCAUCAUAUGGCUAUCAUGUUUGGGUAAAAAAUGGUUUGAAAUUUAUUGAUUCUUGAUGAAGGGACAUGGUUGGAGACCCCGGUUGCCGUACGGGUCUACUUUGUUAAGGGGUAUUGGAAAAAAGAUGUUUUUUCCUGAAGAUUUCAUAGCUUUUUAGAAUUUCGACUGUUUGUGUUUUCGUGGUUGAUAAUAAAAUAUGAUACAGGUUAUUGAAUUGUGGAAGGUAGGGGUUUAGUAUAAACUUUCAAGAAAUUCGGCAUUGACAUCAUUACUGGUUCGAAAAUGUUAAUUGGUGAGGAUAGAUUUUUAACAUAACAUUUAGGUGGGUAAUAGCAAACCAAUUCGACUCGGGUGCUAUAAAUAGGACGUGAAACUGUAUGACAGCCGGCAGCGGCUGAGUUAUUAUCAUUUUGUUUUAGGUUGAUUUGUUUGCUGUGCAAGCUCAACAAGGCCUCUAAAAUUGAAUGAUAGCCAUUUUGAAUUUCUUGAAUAGCGUUGAACUUUAUUUUAAAUUGCUGAUGUAUGAUUCUGUUGCAAGCUUUCAUAUUUAGAACAAAGCCCAAGAAAGGGAUUUUAAGUUCAAUGGGACCAUUUAAUUAAUUAAUAAUGUUUUAGUUCUAACUUUGAGCUCUUAUUGAUUCAAGUAUCUUUAGGCGCUUCACCUUUUAAUAAAUUGGAGUUAAAUGGAGUAGUAGCUAAAUAGUUACUAUUUUCAGGGGCCUAAAUAUGAUAUUAGCUCAGAGUCCCCUUAAUUGUCGAGACGGAUAAAAGCCUCAUUUACUAUGCUACAAAAUUUGUUUGAUUUUCAGUGGCUGUUAAACAUCUUGUUACUUCCCUAGCUGGCAAUCUAUUUGUUUGUGCCAUGGAAUAUUAAAUGUGGAUUUGUUCUCAAUGUUGACUGGGUGCUGUUGUAGUUGGGAGUUGGGUGCCUCUGGACAGAUUGUUUAUUUGAAUUUGUAGUUCCCAUGAUACCACGAUUGAUGCAUGUAUGGACCUGGCUCUCAUCAAACAAGGUUUGAAUUCAAUAAUAUUAUUGAAUGUUUUAGAGAACGUUUUCCAUCAAAUAUUGAAAAUUUGUUUGCACUGUUUCUAGACAAAUUAAUGCGUCUAAAACUGGUCCAUCUUUUAUGUUAACCUGUUGGUGGAUUCCUGUGAUCCAACUUUGUUUCUCUAAGAGAUAUUUUCAUAUGCACUUGAUAGCAAGGUGAGAGUUGAGUUGGUUGAUGCUGAUGGUUAUGCACAUGUGCAUCUCUCUUUAGGGAGAGAGGGGAACACCAUACGUUUCAUUUUAUCUUUUAGCCUGCCAGAAGAACUUUUGUCGGCUUAGCUAGUUGGUGUAUUUACUUGGUGAAACUUGUUUUUAGAGAAAUGAAAUGUGAUGGGUGUAUGUGGCCAUAAGGAUUGCGCUGGAGGGAAGGCCGUGUCAUGACAAUUGGUGCUUGGUUCAUCAAGGCAUAACAGUGUGUUUGUGCAUCCAUUACAGGAAAGUUUUGCAAACAUCCUGAUCCUGAAACCUCUGAAAGAUCAUUCACAAGCCUUGCAGGGUUAACUUCAGCAAGUGUCACAAGAAAUGGAUGGUCGCUAUGGUCUUCAGCAUGGAUGGGAAAAUAACAGCGCAUUGGAGGCAUAUGGUGCUGUCCAUGAACCAAACUAUCGGGCUGGCAGUGCCUAUGAUGACAGGAGAUUUUUAGAUGAAAGGUUUCCCAGGGAUAGUGCAUAUUCAAGGGGCACAUUUCAUCGGGAUGUUGAGAGGGACAGUUAUGCGGCCCCCCAACCAGUUGGUUUAUGGCCUCAAGCAAGGAGGAGAGGAUAUGAAGAAGAGUUCUCACUUGAAAGGGAACCUAGAAGACAUGACAAGUCAUAUCAUGAGCCAUAUCAUGAGAUGGAUAGUUUCCGUGAUGGUCACAGGGCUGGACGAUUUGGCAUGCGUGAACGUGAUGAUUAUGCUUUUGAUGAUUAUGAUUAUAGGAAUCGUAGAGAUGACAGUCGGGAGAGAGAUUAUGAUUACGGAAGGCAUAGUCAUGAUUCUGAUUAUGAUAGAAGCAGAAGGGAUGACAGUUGGAAGCGGCGUGGUUCACGUGACCGAGAACGUGAGAGGAGAGAUUUGAGCCAUGAAAGGGAUUUGAGUCCUUAUAGAAGGCAUUCACGCUCCCGUUCAAGGUCUCAUGGUCGUGAUAAUCGCUCCAAAUCAAGGUCACCUAGAGGUCGUAGCCGUGGUCGUAGUCAUCAUGAGGAUACUUAUGAUGAUCGGUAUGAUAGGAUUGAGAGACAUAGAGAUCGUGAAGACAAACGACAUGAUCAAAAUUCCGCGACACCUUCUGCUACUGUGGUUGUAAAAGGUCUCUCUCAGAAGACUACUGAAGAAGAUCUGUAUCAAAUUCUUGCUGAGUGGGGUCCUCUGCGCCAUGCUAGAGUCAUCAAGGAGCGGAAUUCUGGCAUUUCCCGUGGAUUUGCUUUUAUUGAUUUUCCAUCAGUGGAUGCAGCACAGGUGAUGAUGGCUAAGGUAGGAUUGGAAGGUCUUGUGGUAGAUGGAAGGAAACUUCUGUUCGAGUAUAGUAGCAAGCCCACCGGUUCAGGGGGACCACCUUAUGGACAAGAUGGUCAGAGAUCCUCCCAUGUCAGCCAUAGAAGCUCCAUAGUACCCUCUGAUUGGAUGUGUACUAUCUGUGGGUGUGUCAAUUUUGCUCGUCGUGUGUCAUGCUUUCAGUGUAAUGAGAGCCGGACUGAUGAUGCUCCUUCAGCUGACAUGUCGUCAUCAAGUCCUGCACCAUUGAGUAGAAAGGGAGCUGAGGCAGGGCCUACUCAUGUUUUGGUUGUGCGCGGAUUGGAUGAGAAUGCCGAUGAGGAAAUGCUUCGCUAUGAGUUCUCUAAACAUGCUCCAAUCAAGGAUCUUCGUCUCGUUAGAGACAAAUUUACCCACGUUUCAAGAGGAUUCGCAUUUGUUCACUUCUAUUCAGUAGAGGAUGCCACUAAAGCCCUUGAAGCAACCAAUGGAACAAACCUUGAGAGGAAUGGUCAGAUUCUGCGUGUGGCGUAUGCAAAAAGCAUUCUUGGUCCUGGGUCAGGUUCCUCUGCACAUUCAAGCAGCCUUGCUGCUGCUGCAAUUGAGGCAGCAACAUUUGCUCAGCAGUACGAUGCUGUUGGUUGGGCGCCCAAAGAAUAUAACCCAGAUGACAAACAACCAGCUAGCGGCCAGCAGCAAGGUGCAGAGGCAGCUGGUCAAAAUGAUGGUUCAGCUCCUCAAUCUGGCUUUGUGUGGGAUGAAGCAUCAGGCUACUAUUAUGAUGCUGCCUCUGGUUUCUACUAUGAUCCAAAUACAGAAUAUCUUAAGGAAAAAAAUCGAAGAUUUGGAUGGGUUCAAUUGACUUUUGGAUCAGACAGAUCAUUCCUCAGUACCAAUAUAUUUUUUUUACGUCUUUACUAUGAUGGCAAUAAUGGGGCAUGGUACUCAUAUGACCAACAAACUCAGCAGUAUGUUCCUUGUGUUGAUCAAAAUGCUAACAAGACACCGGAGAAAGAAUCAGAAGCCCCCAAGACAGAAAAUGCCACUACUAGAAAAGUAGUGAUCUCUGCUCCUGCCGCUACAAUAACUUCAAGCGAGAAACCUGCCUCUCUACCGGAUGCUGUUCAGGCAGCUGCCUCAGCUGCAUUGGCUGCUGAAAAGAGAGAGAAAGAGAAGUCCAAAGAAAUAAAACUUGCUUCUAAGAGCAGUAUCUUAGCCAACAAAAAGAAAAUGAGUAAUGUUUUGUCUAUUUGGAAGCAGAGGAGUCAUGAAGGUCAAACACCCCGUGUGGCGCUGGAUGAUGGUCAAUCUAAUAUUGUUGAUGACCGUCAAAGCUCCAUUUCUAUGACCUUGAAGCCAAAAGUAGUGGGUUUAAAGGAGAAUGCCAAUGCUAGUUCUGGGUUCCUCUCGACUACAUCAGUUGGUCAACCCACAGUUUCGGAAUCUGAUGUUAUGCCUCGUCCCGUGAGCAACAGCUCGGGAGGCUCCUUAAUGGGAGUAAUUAGAGGAUCUGGUAGAGGUGUUAUUAAAUCUGAUACUGUCUAUUCAGGAACGACUGGUCUCUCCACUCCGUCUUCAUCUUCGUCUGGCUCAGCUGCAAUAGCUACAGCAAGUUCUGAUACGCAAGGACCUACUUCAUUUAGAACUGAUAUUUCUGCUCUAGGCACCUAUACACCACCCUCAGCUUCUGCAAGUGGAAGGAGGAGGUUCUCUGAGACACCUUUGCAGUCUGCUUCUGUUCAGAGGGAGCAGCAUCAAACAGCAUAUCGAGACCGAGCUGCUGAAAGACGGAGGAUGUAUGGAAAUACUUCUUAUGGUGACGAUGACCUGGAGUUAGGAGAUCCAAAUCAAGAUGUGGGGCUCAGAAAGGGUGCAUCAGAUGUGGGAUCUAUGCCGUUUCCACCGGGUGUUGGUGGACGUGGAACUGCUGACAGCAAUGUACAGAAUUAUGAUGUAAUACCAUCUGACAAAGCCAUUGAUGAAAGCAAUGUUGGUAAUCGGAUGCUUCGCAACAUGGGCUGGACUGAGGGAUUGGGUCUAGGGAAGGAUGGUAGUGGUAUGGUGGAGCCUGUUCAGGCACAAUCAUUUGAUACUAGGGCAGGUUUGGGAAGUCAGCAGAAAAAGGUAGACCCAAGCCUAGAAGUGCACCCAGGAGACAGCUACAAAACUCUAAUUCAAAAGAAAGCGCUGCAAAGAUUCCGGGAGAUGUCUUAAUCAACCAAGCAAACUGUAGGAUUUGUGCAAUUUUGAAGCUGUCAUUGAGGAACAUCUAUGACUGAUUACAGAUUAUGAUAUACCUUUCUUCUCCGACUUUCUUGCAUUUUCUUGAGACUGUUGUCUUUACAUCUAGCCUUUGUAUAGAAUUGAGAACUACUAUUAUUUUUGGAAUUGGUUUUUGUAUCUUGCCAGAGUAACGGUGUCAAGUAGCUUUGUUCCUUGCAUUCUGGUCUCACCGGGAUGUAGGAGGAAGUGAUAAAAGACCUAGAAAUCUGAUUGGCCCUUUAAUUGGAUUGGCUAAGAAGUGCAGAGUAUGUAGCUGUUGGGGAAAUAUGAAGUCUAUAUAUGAGCCGGUACAUUAGUGUUUCUUGAUCCAGGAAGAUUCUCUUUUCAUGUAAUAGUUCAGUAUUCUCGUAUGAUUUGUAUUUCAGUAAAUUCUCAAUUGCUAUGA